GCGAGCUCAUCAGCAUCAUGUCGGCCCUGCUCAGCAAGCUGCCCAUCCCGGCCGCCCUCAUCGAGCGCCUCCGGCCGGUCCUCGCCCUCGUGCCGUCGAGCGUUCCGAGGCCGCUCAAGUGGGCCUUCUUCGCCCUCCUGAUUAUCAAUGCCGACGCGUUCCCUGGCGUGUGGCACUUGCGCAUCAUUGGGCCAUUGAUGCGCUAUCAGCUCGCCGUCAAGCUGGGCAAAAAGUGGGCCAAUUGGCGGGUCGGCAAGGACGAGCUCCUCGACUUCACGACGACGCGCACCUUCCGUGCUACGCCGAGCAGCUGCGAUACGUUUGGCGCGCAUACUUCGAACUCGGAAUACGCCGUCUGCCUCGACCACGUUCGAGGGCCGUUCGCGUUCGAGCUCGUCGGCGAGGCGUACGGGAUCGUCGGCAUGUCGUUCGCGCUCGGCGGCACGUCCAUGGACUUCUUGCGCGAGAUCCCUUUCCUCGCCAAGUUUGAGCUCUGCAACAAGCUCCUGGGCUACGACCGCAAGUGGCUCUACAUCGAGACGACGUUCCGCUCGAUGCCCCACCCCAAGACGGGCGCGCGCAUUACGUACGCCAAGUCGAUGAGCCGGUUCGUCAUCAAGCACGGCCGGCGCACGGUCCCGCCGUACCGCGCGUUUGCCCUCACGGGCUACGGCGCCGAGCACGGCGCCAAGAACUGGGCCGUCGUGCAGCAGAUGAGCCAGAAGGACAAGCUCAGGUGGCUCGUCGGCGACGACGAGCAGGGCAAGGGGAGCGCGAUCGUGUGCGGGCCGGUCGAGCGCGGCCUGGAGGACAGGGCAGACUGGCCGGGCCAGGUCAAGGUGGCGUAGACUGGGAGAUUUUGGGAUAGCUCGUCGGCGCGCAACUUUAGACUCUUUCAUUUUGUCGCC